AAGUCGCUUGACGGCCGCGUGGCCCCUGAAAAGCGGGCGGGGCGGACCCGUCCGCCUCUUUGCGGCCUGGGCCUCGUGAGGUGAGGACGGCGGCGGCGGUGCAGCGUCCCCGAGCUUCCCUCUUCUUUCCGCCAUGCCGGCCAAGGGCCCCCUCCAGUCCGUCCAGGUCUUCGGACGCAAGAAAACCGCCACGGCCGUGGCCCACUGCAAGAGAGGCAAUGGGCUGAUCAAGGUGAAUGGGAGGCCGCUGGAGAUGAUCGAGCCCCGGACCCUGCAGUACAAACUGCUGGAGCCCGUGCUCCUGCUGGGCAAGGAACGCUUCGCCGGGGUCGACAUCAGAGUCCGCGUGAAGGGGGGCGGCCACGUCGCACAGAUCUACGCUAUCCGCCAGUCAAUCUCCAAAGCCCUGGUGGCCUACUACCAGAAAUAUGUGGAUGAGGCAUCCAAGAAGGAGAUCAAGGACAUCCUGAUCCAGUAUGACCGGACCCUGCUGGUGGCCGACCCACGCCGCUGCGAGUCCAAGAAGUUCGGUGGCCCCGGAGCCCGCGCCCGCUACCAGAAGUCCUACCGUUAAUACGUGUGGUCAGCAUUUUUGCAAUAAACCUGGGGAACCUCUA